UCAGAGAGCGUCAGUCGGUUCGUGAAUAUGGCAGGUGGAGGAUGUGUGUGUAGAGUAUUCUCACUGUUCGUUUUAGUGUGGAUGUUUUCUGUCAAUGGAAUGUUUAUUCGUCGUCAGUGCAGUCACGUACACCCAAAGGAAGAUGACAUCCUGAAUCCGAUUCACUUGGAGCCGGCGCACGUGUUGCGCAAGCGCAGCAUCGACCAGCCGCUGCGCAUCGUCCUCCACUACGACGACAGCGUCUUCAGGCUUGACAAGGAAAAAUUUGAGUUAAUAAAUGACACUGUGUUACCUGAGGCCAUCCAUUUUUGGGAGACAGCCCUAAUGGUCCGAAAGACUGAAAAUGUAAUAAGACUAAACAGGAAAUGUGAAAAUAAUCAAGUUUUUUAUCGUAAGAGAGACCCACAUCCGUACUGCAAAAACUCGUGUGAAGCCAAAACAAUGUGUGGAGAAGUUGUUGUACCCGAAGAACAUCUUGAAGCUUGUCGUACAUGCAAUGCCACAGGACAAGAUUGUAAAGUGACUGGCAACGGCACAGCUGCUGUUCCAGGCCCAGGCAUAUCAGGGGCAGACUUUGUGUUCUACGUGUCUGCGAUGGAGACGACGAGGUGCCACAAGGGUAUGACUGUUGCGUAUGCUGCUCACUGUCAGCAGGAAGCUGCACUUGACAGACCAAUUGCAGGCCAUGCAAAUCUGUGUCCCAGUAGCAUCAGCACAAAACCACAAGAACUAGAAAUUCUUCUGUCUACAGUGAAGCACGAAAUCCUUCAUGCACUGGGUUUCUCUGUCAGUUUGUAUGCAUUUUACCGCGAUGAUGAUGGCAACCCGCUAACUCCGAGACUGGAAACUGGCAAACCACUGCUCAACGAGAAGUUACAGGCAAGACAAUGGAGUGACAGAGUAAUUCGCAAUAUCACCCGAGAGGAUUGGCUUGUGCAUGGUGGUAGAGUGAAGCGUGAGUUGCAGGUUAUGGUAACUCCCAGAGUUGCCAAAGAAGUUCGGUUGCAUUUUGGCUGUGAUGAUUUAGAAGGUGCAGAACUGGAGGACCAGGGUGAAGAGGGUACUGCUCUCACGCAUUGGGAGAAGAGACUGUUUGAGAAUGAAGCAAUGACUGGUACACAUACACAGAAUCCUGUGUAUUCUCGCAUCACUCUGGCACUGAUGGAAGAUACAGGUUGGUACCGAGCUAACUACAGUGUGGCACAGCUAUUAAACUGGGGUCGAGGAUUCGGCUGUGAAUUUGCUCUUGAGAGCUGCAAGGAAUGGAUGGACAAGAGGUCUGCAAGAGGGGAAUCAAUACAUCCUUUCUGCAACAAAGUAAAGAGAGAUCCCUUGGAAACAGAAUGUACUGAGGAUCGUAGCUCUGUAGCAUUGUGCAACCUUGUGGAACAUCAGGACACACUCCCUAAACUCUAUCAGAACUUUGACUCCAUACCACAUGUAGACAAGGAGAGAGUAUCCUACUAUGGUGGAUCUGUAUCAUUAGCAGAUUACUGUCCAUACAUACAAGAAUUUACGUGGAGGUCUAAAAAUGUGGUGGUCAGAGGUUCGCAUUGCCAGUAUAUAGAGAACAAUCCACAGCCCGAGAAGAACUUUGCCUUAGAGAGUUAUGGACCUGAUUCAAAAUGCUUUGAACACACUGACCAGAUGUGGGAAGAGCGAUCAUGUAGACAGGUCCGUCAGUGGCAACAUUGGGGAUCAGGUUGUUAUCAGUAUCUUUGUCGUGGUGGUCGACUGCAUAUAUUGGUGUCUAAUUACACAUAUACUUGUUAUCAUGAAAAACAAGAAUUGCCCAUUCAGAUAAAUGUAGAUGGCUGGUUGCAUAGAGGGGCCCUUGUGUGCCCUUCUUGCAAAGAACUUUGUGAGGAACAGCUAAAAGAUAUUGGAGAAUACUGCAAAUCUGAAUCACAACCUCCUCAGUGGCUCACAUAUCACAAGGAAGAACUGACAUGUGGAGGCGUUAAAUUGCAUGCAUUCCAGAGUAGAAGUAUGCAACUGUUCUUGCUAGUGUUGAUAGCAGCUGUCAGAUGGUAAAGUUGCUGACUUGUUGGUCUGAUGAUGCACAGAGAUUGAAUUCUAAAUACGCAUUGUCAAUGAUUGACUCACAUUGUGCCUCUUUUCUGUGGACAGUCACACAGAGGCCAAGAAUGUUGUCAUUGAAUGUCAGAGGUGCUAUGAAUUAACUGUCUUCUUAGCUGCAUCCUUCUUGGCAUUUGUAAUGUGACAAUACAGUUAGCUCCUAUGGUGUUUUUACUGUGAUUGUAUUCCAUACAUGGUGUGGAAAUGAUAUUUUUAUUGAAAAUAUGGUCAGAUGUUACCUGUAAAAAAUUAAAAUGUUUCCUGUUCUAUUUACAUAAGACACAUUGAACCCGUGGCACUUUGAACUGAAAUGGACCAUUUCUAUAAAAAUUUCUUAUUAUAAACUGUAUGAAGAACAGCAAAAACCCCACAGUAGUGCCAUUAUAAGUGUGUGCUAUCAAAUCACAAUCCUCCCGUCCAUGUAAUUACUUUAUGUUUGAUAUUCUGUAAAAUUUAAUGGCUGUGACUAUACAAGUAUGGAUGAAGGAAUGACUGCAGUUAACAAACAAACAUGCCUAGGGGAAACAUGUUCUUUUAUAGCCUGAAAUUUUCUUUUGGAGAUGUUUCAUGAAAAUACCAAGAUUAACGUAAACAAUGUUAUGCAUUAGCCCAUCAACAGAAUACUGCAGCAUAAUUGUAGAAAAGUAAGUUGUUUUACAAGAGGUACUGUUGGCUGUGUUUUGCAUUCCAGAGAGAAUGAGUAAGUGUUAGUAACUUUUCCAAAUAUGUAGUUAAAUUUCAUACUUGCUUGAUAGGAACUGUAGUAUAAUUUAUUUUUUAUUUGUACUCAGCAGCAAUAAAAAUAAUACUUUUGACCAUAUACUCUGCUCUGGAAGCAGUCAUGUAUCUGUACAUGUAAUGUUUUUCAUGCUUAAUACAUUUAGCAGUAUGAAGACAUUGAACAGAUAGCUUACAUACUAUUAUGUCGAUAACCAAGAAAAUAGUCAGAAAUUGAGUUUCAAAGUUUUUGUGAUUAUUGUCCGCAUUCAUCACUUAGUUCUAAACUGUACUUAAUAUUUGUUAUUUGUUACACAGCGUGUAAAUAGAUGCUCAGUUGUCAGAUCUAUCUAUCUCUAUCUCUCUCUCUCUCUCUCUCUCUCUCUCUCUCUCUCUCUCUCUCUCUGUGUGUGUGUGUGUGUGUGUGUGUGUGUGUGUGUGUGUGUGUGUGUGUGUGUGAUUUUUGUACAUGUUCAUUUAUCAACUGAUUUUUUUUUUAUUUGUAUAAAUAAAUAUCAGUUUGAUGUGGGACCACUGGCUAUGUCUGUUGGACAGAAUAGAUUUUGGCAAGUGUUUCGUUUAUUUCCAGAGUUUUGUAUUUAUUUAAAAAGGAAUCCAAUUAUGAUUACAGAUUCCUGAAAAAAUUUGAAACUGAACACAGAAUGCCUUCAUUACAGCUUUAUAUUCUUUUGUGAGUGUGAGACUAAGUUCAACUCAUGUAUAAUAAAAGUAAUGCAGUUGUAUCCUUAGUAUUCAUUUUUUCAUGAGGGAGUGAAUAGUACACACUACUACAGGCUUCAGGUAUAAAAAAUUAUACUGAAAAACUGCCAACAAACUGUUUGUUAUUGGAUUCAAAAUGUUCAAAUUGUAAAAUUCAUGUAAAUCAAUUCUUGUUCACAUAAUGUCCAACUGACAAAAUUACUAAAAUUACAGUGAAGAAUCCUGUCCAAAAUUAUUUUUAUAGCCACACACAUAAUGUGUGUAGUUAACUUGGAAAAAUUCUCUUUUGGCCAGGUGGCCGCACUGUAUUAUAACUGAAUUGUAUAUGCAUGAAGGUUAAUUCCAGUUUUACAUACAAAUAUAACAUUCCAUCAACUACUGCCAAUAUAUUGGUUUAAAGACAUCUUGUGACUCAGGUUUACCUAUGUAUUUGGAAUAUUACAGAAUUAUUAUGUUAUGUGUUUUCCUUUUAUAUUCUACUGAAUAUAAUUAUUAUAUUCUUAUAAUUUUAAGUAAGAAAUUGCUUCUGAAGAACUUUAAUUUUACUAGUUAUUCCAACUAUAUCUUAUUUCUGUUGUACUGAAACUUGUUUUACAAUUACCAAAGAUUACUAUUUAAGUGCACUUAGUACAAGACUUUUAAAUUAUAUGUGAAAAAUAAUGCCUUUUGUAUAAAAUCAGCUCUCCAUGCAUAGAGAAUUGUAUCAGUUUUUAUGAAUAAAUAUUCUUUUUAUCUAAGAGAAAAUAUAUUAGAUAAACAAAUAAUGAAACUGGAUAUUAUUUAUUGGUUCAUUAACCCUAGAGUAUAAAACACUUGUAAAAUUUAUGACGGCAAUUGGUCCCAAUUCGUGGUUCCCACCAAUCUAUUAUUGUCAGUAUAGGGUGUGAAACAGGAUAUUUUGUACUUAUUUUGUAUGUGACACACCAUUGGAGACCUCAUAAUUGUGAUUAACUGGCACAUAAACUAUAAAUUAAGACUUCCUUUGAAUAAAAAUUUACAUUGGUUUGGUAACAAUAUAAUAUUCCCUCCUUUAGUAUUAUAACGAUAUGUUUACGUAAUGUGUAUACAUAAACAUAAAGUUAUAAAUGUCCCCGUUCGUAGUCGCUAAUUAUAACAAUAUGUUUACUUUUGUGCUGUAACAUAUAGCUAUAAUCAGUGUUGGAAGUAUAUUUACGAACGCCGACCUUGUGCGGCUGUUUCUUGU